CUCACCAUUCUUCACUAGUUUUCUGCACAAGCGCAGUAAGCCGGAAGCUAAGGACCUAGAACCCGUCUAUAGUCAUUGCCGGAUGAUGGAAGUUGCAACAUGUCUAAAGUUACAUUCAAGAUAACGUUGACUUCUGAUCCGAAGUUGCCGUUUAAAGUGCUGAGUGUUCCAGAGCAAACACCAUUCACGGCUGUGCUAAAGUUUGCAGCAGAAGAGUUCAAGGUUCCGCCAGCAACUAGCGCCAUAAUAACAAAUGAUGGGAUUGGAAUAAACCCUUCACAGAGUGCUGGAAAUGUCUUUCUCAAACAUGGAUCUGAAUUACGGCUUAUACCAAGAGAUCGAGUAGGGAAUGGAAUCAAUAGUUUAAUGGACUAAGAUUGUUAUUUAUAAUUGAUAUAUAAAAGAUAUAUAUGCAUUUUUACUUAUUUCACUACAGUGCUGGUUGUGGUGUUAUGAUUUCAGUUUAGUAAUGGAGUAAAUACAAGUUAAUGUAUGGAAAGGCAUAUAACUAACAAUGUGAACUGGUUUUCUUAGCCAUUAUUGGUCUUUAAAAAUGUUCUAUGACUAUAUUUGUGAAGAUUUAGAUUUGACAUGGUGUCAUUUGGUUGGUACAAAAGCAAAAUGAAGGAAUUGCUUAGUGUCAAGUGUGACACACCAAACUUAUCGUGCACUCAUAUGCGGUCGCUAUUAACAAAUAUUUACAAUCAUUGGAACUCGGUUUACUUAUAUGAAUUGUUAGUAGUAUAAAGGUGAAUAUGACAAAGUGGUGAGAUGUAAACAUUUAUAAAAUAAGAGUUAUUUAUAUUUCACCCAACCA